UGCGCCAAUCAAACGUUCCGUUUCCGCGUUUCGCAUUACCAUCAACCCGAGCCGUCUCGCACCGGCGGUAUUCCGACGUUCCUGGCUUCAGUGUACAUUGUAUACUCUCCGAAUGGGCACCGACUAUCCGAUAACCGUUCAACUGCAACGAGGCCUUGCAUCAAAUACGCACCUGCACCAGUGUGUGACCUUCGCGACGACGCCGAUUCGACGUUGUGACGCAUUUAUCUGACUACCAGUGUUUCUACCUAUUCGCAAAGCGUCGCGUGCAGUAAAAUAAUUAACACGGUCACUGACAAAAGAAGAGAAAAAUUCAAAACCAUGGAAACUUCGGUUUCUACAAACGGUAUCAACGAGCCAAAUGGAACUGCGCAUCUCUGCUUUGAACUUGACGGCGAGGGAGACGCUGACAGCUCAACGACACCAGGACACAACGCUGAUCUUCAUUGCGAUGAUCGCAGCGAGAGUCCCGUAUUCGGUUUGGAAGGUGGUGCGACAGGGGUUGGCGCGGCUGGAGGAAACUCUCUGAGAAUAACGUCCCACGAGCUUCCCAACGAGAUUUCAGCCCCGUAUGAAGUGCCCCAAUUCCCCAUUGAGCAGAUCGAGAAAAAGCUUCUCAUCCAGCGACAGCUGACAGUAAAAGCUGCGAAGGAUCUUGAAGAGCGACGCAGUCAUUACGAACCAUCGAUAGGUCCAGGAGUGCCGGAUGACAAUGAGCACCCAUUUGGUCUUGAAGAAAAUGAUUUUGUCCCACACUUUCAACGUGUUUCGAUAUCCGGCGAGGAUACCUCAGGGGUGCCUCUUGAGGAUUUACAACAGGCGUCACAGAUGCUUGUCCAGGCUCUUGUUAUUCGCGAGAAAUACAUGCAGAAUUCUAAACAAAGUUUUCCAUCAAUUACAUCUCGGUUUUUGAGAGGUGCCGAUAGAGCGCCUCACAGCACAGUCGAGGAAGUGAUACAUGAUGAUCGUAAACCAAUCGCAGAUCACCCAGUUCAUGCGCCAGCGUCGCGUGGCGAUCCAUGGGAGUGCGUUUUUCCACCUGCAAAAAAUUACCUUAUAUCUGCUGUAAAUGGAGUUUUCAACGUCUAUUGCAACGAAGAAGAUCUUGCGAAUGGAAAGCCAGUUCCAUAUUCGUAUCCGGAUUUGGCAACUUUUGUUGGAGAUAUGAAUCUUCUCUGUAUGAUGAUCGCUGACGGUCCAUUAAAAUCCUUUUGCUACAGGAGGUUGAGCUAUUUGUCCUCGAAAUUUCAGCUCCACGUACUGCUUAACGAACUUAGAGAGCUUGCGAGUCAAAAGGCUGUUCCUCACAGGGAUUUUUACAAUAUCAGAAAGGUUGAUACUCAUAUUCACGCGGCGUCAUGCAUGAAUCAAAAGCAUCUUCUUAGAUUCAUAAAGAAAACACUAAAAAACCAUGCAGACGAAGUGGUGACGUGUGCAAAGAAUGGAGAAACGAUGACUCUGCGAGAAGUAUUCCAGUCUAUGAACCUCACAACGUAUGAUUUGACUGUGGAUAUGCUGGAUGUGCACGCUGACAGAAACACCUUUCACAGAUUUGACAAAUUCAAUGCCAAGUAUAAUCCCAUCGGUGAAAGUCGUCUUCGAGAAGUCUUUCUGAAAACCGAUAACUACUUGAAUGGAAAAUACUUUGCCAGGAUCAUUAAAGAGGUUGCGAGUGAUCUCGAGGAAUCUAAAUACCAAAAUGCCGAAUUGCGUUUGUCCAUUUAUGGAAAAAAUCCAGAGGAAUGGGAUAAGUUAGCCAAAUGGGCAAUCCAAAGUGAUGUUUCGUCGGAUAACGUACGGUGGCUGAUACAAAUACCUAGGCUUUUUGACAUUUUUAAACUCAACAAAUUGAUGACCAACUUCCAAGAGUUUUUGAACAAUAUAUUUCUACCUCUUUUUGAGGUCACUAACGAUCCGACAACUCAUCCCGAACUUCACAAAUUUCUACAAUAUGUGAUAGGCUUUGAUUCGGUGGAUGACGAGAGUAAGCCAGAAAACCCGCUGUUCGACAAAGAUGUUAGCCCGCCAGCUGAAUGGGAUGACAUUGAAAAUCCGCCGUACGGAUACUAUCAGUACUAUACUUACGCUAAUAUGACAGUGCUAAACCAUUUCCGAGCGGAACAAGGCUUGAACACGUUUGUGUUGAGGCCGCACUGCGGAGAAGCUGGACCCAUUCAGCAUCUUGUGUGCGGUUACAUGAUGGCUGAAAAUAUUUCUCACGGUUUACUGUUGAGAAAGGUGCCGGUGUUACAAUACCUGUAUUAUUUAACCCAAAUUGGUAUCGCUAUGUCACCACUCAGCAACAAUUCCCUCUUUCUCAAUUACCAUCGUAAUCCGUUACCCGAAUAUUUGGCCAGAGGACUCUGCGUCAGCUUAUCGACAGACGAUCCACUACAAUUCCACUUUACGAAGGAACCUCUGAUGGAAGAAUACAGUAUCGCUGCUCAGGUGUGGAAACUUAGCUCAUGCGACAUGUGUGAACUGGCUCGAAACUCUGUUAUCAUGAGCGGAUUCCCACACAAAAGCAAGCAGUACUGGCUGGGGCCAAAUUACACAAAAGAAGGAGUAGCGGGUAACGAUAUAACGAGGACCAAUGUCCCAGACAUUCGUGUCGCGUACCGUUAUGAGACCCUACUCGACGAGUUAUCCAACAUCUUCAAGAUGGCGUCACUGAACUUUCAUGCCGCAUCUUUCAAUACUAUCGAUACAGUUGCUUCCCCGCUAAUGUGAUCAUUAUCCAAAUAUUAAUUAUAUCGAGCCUUGUAAUAAUAAAAAAAAAACAGACUGUCCAUUUUUCCAAUAGAUGGUCUUGAGGUUUCAAUCUUUCAAAAGGGUACGCAUAUAAACUGAAAAAGCCGUACAGAUCUCGCGAG